AUGGCGGGGAGUGACGACGACCAUUAUCAUCCCAAGGAUGCAAUCCACGCGGGUCUCUACGGCACGCUUGUUGCGGGAGGUACUGGUCUCCUGUUCGCAGCCGUAAGGAACUCGCUCGCCGCGAAGAACGUCGGGCCCUGGACCACCUUCACCAAGCAUGGCGGCCUCAUUGCUACCUUUGCUACCGUCGGCGGUGUCUACGAAUUCACAAAAACGGCUUCUGCGAACCUGCGCGAGAAAGAGGACCAAUACAACGAGGCCAUCAGUGGUUUCCUCGCAGGUGCCACUAUGGGCGUUACAACGAGGCGGUUGCCGCGCGUUUUCGGCUACGGCGCCUUGUUCAGCGUGGCCUUGACGGCAUACUAUUACACAGGUGGCACUCUGAAGGGGGCGUUCCGAUCUGGGGAGUUAGACGAAUAUGAGCGGAAAGAAAUGAUGCGCAAGAAUAGGAGGCGGCCUAUCGAGGAGACAUUGGCCGAGAUUGGAGAGGGACGAGGUAUCCGGCCACCGGGGUACGAGGAGCGGAGGCGAGAGAGACUAAAGGAGAAGUAUGGGAUUGAGAUCAACACCGUCUCCGCGGAUCCUGACGCCGCCUGA